UGGACAAAAGAAAUAAAGCAGGAGUCCUAAAGUGUAUUUGCCUCCCCCAGCGAAACUAUUUACCUAGCUGAGCAGGUUAAGUUAGUGCUACAAUGCACAAAUUGUCCCCGCGAUACAAUGAGGACAAGCAGGAAAAGGGGGCCAAUUCAGCCCAUCGCAGGGUGUGCUCAAACUCAAGCGGCACAGUCGGCGCCUGGCGUCUCUUUCGAUGCCGGCGAAGACCAAUUUUGCUCCUCGCAGUCUUCGCCUGUGUCUGCAUUUAUGUUUUAUUCUUGUGGAUUCCGUCCGUGACCACAGGGUUCUGGCAUUGGCCGUGGUUGAGAGAAAAGCACCUCGAAAUUCUUCCCUCUUGGUUGCACAUGGCUUUGUCGUAUCUCCUUGCGAGAGCUGCACCGUCAGUAGAUAUAUCUCAGGGAACCGUCGUCGGUACAGUCUUGACCGACAGCUCGCUCCCUCGCCCGAUCGAGGCCUUUCUUGGAGUCCCAUAUGGUCAACCACCAGCCGGCGAGAGGAGAUUCAAGCGUGCCCAACCAGUGAAGCCGUCAGUUGCGGUCAUCGAUGCCUCGAAAUAUGGCAAAAGAUGCCCAGCCGGCCCUCUCGGAUGGACCGCAGACGAUUGGGGCGAAGAUUGCUUGAAUUUAAACCUUUUUCGCCCAAAAGAUAGGCCACAUAAUACCAAGUUGCCCGUUGCAGUUUACCUCCACGGCGGAGCUUUCAAUGGUGGAGCCGGAAGAUACCAUAGUUCUGCAAACAUGAUAUCGUGGUCGGAAGAGCCCUUUAUUAUAGUAAAUUUCAAUUACCGACUGGGGGCUCUUGGAUUCCUGCCUUCAACUAUUACAGAAAAGGAAAAUGCGCUGAAUCUCGGUCUCCAUGACCAGAUUCUGUUGUUUGAGUGGGUUCAGAAGAACAUUGGUGCCUUUGGUGGAGAUCCUAGUCAAGUCACUUUGUUUGGACUCUCCGCUGGUGCUCAUUCGAUCGGCCAUCAUGUUAUGCACAAGACUAGAUCGAAGCGCCUCUUCCAUAGAGCAAUAAUCGAUUCCGGCGCAACCACCGCUCGGGCCGUUUAUCCCCCUAAUAACCCACUACAUAAAAGGCAAUUCGAAGAAUUCCUCUUGGAAGCUAAAUGCUCCAACAUUUCGGAUGACAAGGUGAUGCCUUGUCUCAGGAGCAAACCGGUACUUGAUAUUGCUCGUGCCUCGGAGAGGAUAUUCAACCGCUACAAUCCCUCCGAUCGAUGGGCCUUUCAACCCGUCAUCGACGGAGAAAUCAUCGACAAAGCACCCAUCAAAAACUGGAAAUCCGGGGUAUGGAAUAAAAUCCCAAUUCUCACGGGGUUCAACACAAACGAAGGUGCUCCAUUUGUGCCCUCUAACAUCGCAACAUCAGAAGAAUUCGAUGAUUUCUUCCGUGCCCUGAUCCCACCCUUGCCCCCUUCAGACCUCAGACUACUCAACAAGAUUUACCCAGAUCCACUAAAAGACCCCGAAUCUCCCUACGUUGAACAUCGCCAGAUAAACGUCGGCCCGCAAUACAAACGUAUAACGGCCGCUUACGGACAAUUCGCAUAUGUCUGUCCCGUUAGACAAACGGCACACCUGGCUUCCGAGGGCCAGAGGGAACCUGUAUAUUUAUACCACUGGGCGUUAAACAAAACUGUCAAAGGGGGCGCCAGCCACGGUGACCAGGGUGAAUAUGAAGUUUACGGUCGCAGCGCACGCCAGUUCUCCAAGACACAGGAGACGAUAGCUGGAUUUAUCCACGCAUAUAUUACGUCGUUCAUCACGAAAGGUGAUCCGAACCAUAUCAAGGGCGAGUACGCUGACAGGCCGAGGUGGGACCGAUUCCGAAUGAAGAGUGCAAGGAGCGUGAUGGUGUUUGGGGAUGGAAACGAUGAGCGAGCCGGAGGAGGGCAUGUUGGCGUUGCGGCUCAGAUGGGCGAUAUUAAAUGGUGUGAAGAGGAAUGCAACUUUUGGUCGGACCGAAGCAUUCUUACGGAAUCAUAAUGUAAUCUCGGAGGGACUGGCUCCUACUUGAGGCAUGGAUAUUUGAAAUCAUCAGAGCACCAUGUCUAACUGACUGUAUAUGUGUUAUGGAAUAUAUAAAUAUAUGUCCAUGGUAACUUGGCGACCCUUGACGUCUUUUUACGUGGUAACAUAGGGUUGCGCGCAUCCCACCCCCGGUUGGCUGAACUGGCGAAUCAGGAUUACCCCAGGGCAGGUGAUUUUCUUGUCGACAGCCGAGGAGCACAUUUACAAUCAAUAUGAGUCUCUAAGCGCUUCUAUGCAUCAUGGGCUCAGACAGAACAUACAGUGGACUUCCCUCGUCACUAGGCAUGGUUUUACUGCCCUCUCCCACCAGCGAUAUCCUGGCCGAGCCUGUACCCACCGACCUUCUCCCAUUCAACCUUCUGUCUUGUUAUCGGCAGUUGCCGGCGUAAGCCCUUAAACGCGCCCUCCGCAAGUCUCCCAAACGCUUCGUUCAAUUCUUGCUGAUGCUCUCUCUCGGCCGCGGCGAUCCGUCUAACGAUCGUCUCCGCCGAGGUGGACUGUAUUGGAAUUGAGACCGGUUUUGUGUUAUUAAGGGACACAUUUCCAUCCUCGUAAUAAUGGACAUCUACGUGGAUUUUUCCGGUAAUGGUGGUCGGCGAAGAAAUGGGGACGUGGUAAAU